CUCACUUUCAAUAGCGCUAAAAUUCAGUUAAAAGCAUACAGUUAUAUAUUUCUUUGUAAGGGAUUUUUAUUUAAAUUUUAAAUCAGCAACGUUAGUAACUUCAUAAUUCCCGUCACGGAGGAAAUUCUGCUUUUAAGCACCAAGGCAAAUUUUGUCCGAAUUCUUUCGCUUUCCGUUUAGCAGAUUGUUGAAGAAUUUGUGAGCACCUCUGCGCUCGGAGAACUCGUCAAAAGAUGGUAGAGGACACUGAAUUUGUGAUUCCCAUACAUCCGGAAUUGCUGGAUAUUUCCUGUGGGGAAGCCAGUAACGAACCGCCAGGCUCACAUAUUCCCCUGCAGCAUGUGCACCAGGGAUUCCUCUUGCAAGCGAAUGUCAACGAGACACGAAUCUGUGAGAAUAUCAAGCUAGAACGCCGCCAAGUGGGCUGGACUUUACUUCCGAAUGCUUCUAUUCACAGGACUUUAAUUCGCAACUGUGACGAUACCCAGGCCAGCCAGCUUCCUUCACAUGAUGUUAAAUCCCUUACCAUCAGCAAUUUAAAGCAAAACAAAUUUAAUUUAAUCGAGGAUAUCUUCGAUGAUUCGACAUUACUUCUUCGAAAGGUCACAUGGUCGACACGUUUCGCUAGCCAGGAGGAAGCGGAGAACUGGUACAAUAUUCUGCAGUUAAUCCACCGCUCCUUCCAACCCUCUCCCGUACGACUUCCACCACCGGUCGUCGCCCCACCCCGAGUCCGUUCUCUGCUGGAACUACUUCCGCUUCCGCGAGUUUCCGCCUCCCUUCCCUGUGGUACCGCCUCUCCAAGGCCCUUUCCCACUCGGCGUACGGUGGUGCUGCGUGGCACGGUGGAACGGAAACACAGCCACCGGUUCCGUGAUCGAACGUGGCGGAAGUGGGUGCCGGUUACGUGGGUGGCCUAUAGUGACGGGACGCUAGAAGAAUACGCCAAAAGUAAGCACAAUCACGAACUGCUGAGUGCCUACCGUUUAUCCGACUGCUCCAUCCGUUCCGUCCCUCUUCCCUACCAAACACCCUCUGUCUUCGUCAACCCGGACAACUAUCUCUGCAUCAGCAACCAUAACUUGGCGCUAGAGUUAUACAAGAAACUGACCGGUCGUGUUGACCUUUACCGCACCCCUAACAAACUCCUCCAGAUACAGUGGUUAGCCGUACUGACCAAUUUAUCCUUCAGCACGUCACCGCGACGCACUACCCCUGUUAUGAUCAAAGCCACGGCGUCCGAGCCGACCCGCUUCCCCGCCAAAGUAUCCAUUCUGAAGGAAAAGCGGUUAGUUGACAUUUUCGGCGUGGUUGUCCCGCUGUGGGUCAGUGUAGUGUGGGAGUACGAUGAGCAGUACGGCAUAAGGAGAAGAUAUCACACAGCGCUACACCAGGCUGUUAUAGGAAAACCCGUUGAACCUUUGCAGCCUUUACCCGAUCUCUCCACCAGCUCCUUCGUCGUCCCCUGGUCGCGAGCGACUAAACGUGACCUUCCUCGCCACGAAGCUCCAGUAAUGCCGUCGUUCGGCUCACGGUCAUGCAAAUCCAACCGGCGUUUCGUCAUCAAAAGCCGGGACAACGAAGAAGACAUUGGUGUGCUGACGCCUUCAUCGGAUGAACGCGAUGAGUGGCUGGCGGUGCUCCGGAAGGCCAAAUCACUGUAUUCGUUGAGAAGUUGUCAAAGUGACACUGCUGCAUGUGACGCAGUGAAGCCGGCUCAUGAAAUAAAAUACAGUGUUUCAAUGUGUCCUGUGUCUACUGCUGCCGAUGGCGAUGUCAAAACCUCAAAAUCCUGCGACAAAGCCAUAGAAGAUCGGAAACUUGCAGAAAGUGUGCCGCCACCGGCGCCUAGUGGCAACCACUUUCGGGAGGCGGAAGGAGACUGUCGGAAUUUUAUUUGUUACUCUAUGCUACCAGUUGGCAACACGCCCUAUAAUGUAGGCGACCUUUCUCAAUUUCUUCCGACAAUUGUCGCACAGAAUUGAUUAUCGAUGCAACUGCAUUUAUUUGCUAAAAUAUACCAUACCUAACUUUAUUUAACGAUCAGGAUAAAAGACUCCUUGG